ACGUUACAAGCACAUACCAACAACGUCUUCUUCUCGCUGGUGUACUUCGCGUGCACGCAGUUCCGCGCGCUCAACGACUCGCUGCGCGAGCUGCGCGCCGAGGCGUUGCUGCGCGUGAGCGGGCACGCGCGGAACGAGCGCGCGUUCCAGCAGGAGAUGGCCCACGGCCUGCGCCAGGCCGUGCUGCACCACCAGGCCAUCAUCAGUUUGGUUGAUGCUGUUCAAAAUUUAUUGGAUCCCGUCAUGUUCAUGGAGUGUUUGGCAAUGUCAAUAAUGUUGUGCUGCGUUACUUUCCAAGCUACUAUGGUCUCGCCGACGAGUGUGAAGUUUUUGGCCCUCGCGCUUUUUCUCCUCUUCGAGAUGAUGGAACUACUGCUGUUCUGUUCGGUUGGAACUCAGCUGGAACUGCUAAGCCGCACCGUGGCGGACGCUGCGUUCGACUGCGGGUGGGAGGACUGCGCGCCGCCCUUCAAGUCGUCGCUGCGCUUCAUGAUGAUGCGCGCGCAGAAGCCGUCGCGGGUGACUGCGAUGGGCUUCGCCACGCUCUCGCUGCCGUUGUUCAUG